UCCGUGGCCUGGAUGUCGGUGCGCAUGCGCGAGCGCCUAGCUGUGCGCGCGGCCGUCCCGGCAUUCCCGGGCUGAGGUGCGGGGUCCGGCCCGCCGCGGCCCCUUAGGCUGCGUGGGGAGGGGGCGGCCCCCCCUGUUGUCAUUGCUCCUGCAGCCUCAGCAGCCUCUUCGCUGGGACUGCGCGACACCGCCCCCAGACUGGGUGCCCGCUGUGUGCCAGGCCCGGUGCUGGGCACGGUCCCGUCUCUUAGCCCAUUCGAGCCUCCCCAGCCCCGCGAGCACCCUAUAAGGACUGCCAGGCAAUAAUGAAGGUUCUUUUACUGAAGGAUGCUAAGGAAGACGACUGUGGCCAGGAUCCGUAUAUCAGGGAAUUAGGAUUAUAUGGACUUGAAGCCACUCUGAUCCCUGUUUUAUCAUUUGAAUUUUUGUCUCUUCCCAGUUUCUCUGAGAAGCUUUCUCAUCCUGAAGAUUACGGGGGACUCAUUUUUACCAGCCCCAGAGCAGUGGAAGCGGCACAGUUAUGUUUGGAGAAAAACAAUAAAACUGAAGUCUGGGAAAGGUCUCUGAAAGAAAAAUGGAAUGCCAAGUCAGUGUAUGUGGUUGGAAAUGCUACUGCUUCUCUAGUGAGUAAAAUUGGCCUGGAUACAGAAGGAGAAACCUGUGGAAAUGCAGAAAAGCUUGCAGAAUAUAUUUGUUCCAGGGAGUCCUCACCACUGCCUCUUCUAUUUCCCUGUGGAAACCUCAAAAGAGAAAUCCUGCCGAAAGCACUCAAGGACAAAGGGAUUGCCAUGGAAAGCGUAACUGUGUAUCAGACAAUUCCACACCCAGGAAUCCAAGGGAACCUGAACAGCUACUAUUCCCAGCAGGGGGUUCCAGCCAGCAUCACUUUUUUCAGUCCCUCUGGCCUCACAUACAGUCUCAAGCAUAUUCAGGAGUUAUCUGGUGACAAUAUUGAUCAAAUUAAGACCCAGGGUCCCCGACACCUGAAGCAGAACUGUCUGCAGCUAGAGCUUCUGAGGAAGGACUGCACCGAUGCAGCCACGAUGUUUGCAGCCAUCGGCCCCACUACGGCUCACGCACUGGCCGCCCAGGGCCUGCCUGUAAGCUGCACUGCAGAGAGCCCCACGCCACAAGCCCUGGCCACUGGCAUCAGGAAGGCACUCCAGCCCCAUGGCUGCUGCUGAGUCAGCCACCUGUCGCUUGCCCCAUGCAGCCUCCCUGGGCUGGGCUGGCUCUGGAUGGAGCCGGGCAUUGGCAAGGGCUCUCAGGAGCUGCUGCCAUCAGACUCCUGCUUCAAGCCUGAGUGGAAGCAUCUGAGGACCAGGGAUCAGGACCUGACCUGGGGCUGGCCUCAGGCCCACGUGCAUGUGACCGCCCUCUGUGGAAGCCAGCUUGAACCCUAGCCCUGUGAGAGCUUCCUGUGCCCAGCAGGAAGGAAAUCAAAUAAACCACACUGGCUGCCCGUGC